CGACGGGAAAGUGAGACAGGGCCUAGGUGUGUGAGCAGCUCUUGACUCCUUGUUCCAGCUCGUCGUUUUUCUUUCUCUGAGUGAAUUAGUCCAGUCGAUCCUCUGUUGAGAAUCCUCCGGCCUCGAGAAAAGGGGGGAGGAACAUCGAGUUGUCCCCCUCUUUCUCGAGGACUCGAGCGAGGAGGACAUUCGGUCACAUGCUAUGGAGUAACGAGACCAAAGUUUGACGAGGAUUUGUCCGAGGUUGGAGGUCCUGCACGGACCCUAAACGGAACACCUUGAGUGCAAACGUUCCUCAGAUCCGCAUCACGGUUGUUUAGACGGAGGACAAGAUGAGUGAAAAGUACACGGGACUCGUUGGACGAGCCCAUUUGAUGCGGGAAGCCGUGCGGGAGCGAUGGUCCAAAAUCAAGGAAGAAGGAGGGGUUCAAGACACAUUCCGUGCUAAAACUUCCGAGCUUAAAGAGCAAGCCAUUCGGACCAUCAACCAUGGAGAUCCUGAUUUCGACCAUCUGUACAGGCGAAAAACAAGAUGGGAGUUGACCCGCAUCUCAGCCGCCGUCAUGGGGAUUGAAUUCGCUUACGCAGCUGAAACCGCCUUUGUUUCUCCAACUCUCCUCAAGAUUGGUGUUCAACAUAAACAUAUGACUUUGAUUUGGUGUCUCUCGCCAAUUGUUGGCUUUUUCCUGACCCCAAUCAUGGGUUCUCUUUCCGAUCGUUGUGGUUCCAAUCUGGGGCGUCGACGACCUUUCAUCAUCCUUCUCUCAAUUGGCGUGGUUUUGGGUUUGCUUUUGGUGCCCAAUGGAAAAUGGGUGGGAAAACAAUUGGGCGAUCGCUAUCCAGGUGAAGAGGCUUUAGACCGCCUCCAUGAACACCCUGAAGAUUUUAUUCGCGAAGGACCUGGAGGUCGCAGAUAUGCGGUCGGGCAAGUCGAGGAUGAAGAUCGGAUCCUCUCUGAGAUCAAAUCGUCUAACUUGACGGAAAUCGACAAUGCACUUGCUGCCGACUUAUCCUUGGCCGAAGCAGAAGAAACUCAUCCUUGGGGCAUCUUUUUCACCAUCAUGGGAACUGUUCUACUGGAUUUUGAUGCCGACUCUUGCCAAUCCCCCUCACGAGCUUAUUUGCUUGAUGUCACCUUACCUGAGGAUCACGCUCUGGGGCUAUCAACUUUUACCAUCAUGGCCGGAUUAGGGGGUUCUUUGGGUUAUCUUAUGGGAGGAUUUAAUUGGGGGUGGCUGGGUGUGCUGUUUGGGGGACAUGUUCGGUUGGUCUUCACCUUGGUCUUGUUCAUUUUUGUGGCUUGCGUCUCGGUCACGUUGGCGAGUUUCCCUGAAAUCCCGCUUUCAGUUUUGGAUGCGUCAAAGAAGGAGUUGCUGAAGAGGCGAAGAUCGAGCCAAUAUCGACAGAUCGUUUCGGAAGCCAUAGAGCAGAGCAAAGAAAAGCUUAAUAAGAAUGCCGAGGUGUUGGCAGCCACCUCUAUGGAAACUCAAUAUGGAGCCGCUGAGGUCGAGAACCGAUCCAGCAAGAACAAUCCAUUUCGGAACACAUCUGAGCAAACCCCCUUUCCGAAAGAUUCCGUAGCAAUGAAAGGGACUCAGGAGGAUCAGGGGGAACAUGAGCGUAAACUUCUUCAGGUGACCGAAACUUCUUUCAACCAGACGAGCCCUUGUCCGAUUGAGUCUGGGGAAGAAGGUGCCAUUGCCCACAUUGGCACCUUUAGCCAAUAUUUAUGGUCUAUCAUCUACAUGCCAAGCAGUUUGAGAGUGCUCUGCCUGACCAACUUGUUUUGCUGGAUGUCCCUCGUUUGCUAUUCUCUCUACUUUACGGAUUUUGUGGGUGAGGCUGUUUUCAAAGGCAACCCUCAGGCCGAGAUGGGGAGCGAGGCGCGACAGCUUUACGAUGAUGGAGUUCGAUUCGGAUGUUGGGGCAUGGCCAUGUACUCAUUCUCCUGCUCUUGCUACUCGUUCAUUAUCGAGCGAUUGGUCCAAAAGUUCAAGGCCAAGCCAGUUUAUAUUGGAGGCCAGUUGGUGUAUUGUGUGGGAAUGAUCUUCAUGGCUUUAAGCCAAUCCAAAUGGGGCGUUUUACUCUUCUCGUGGUCAGCUGGGGUCAUGUACUCGACUCUCUUCACCAUGCCGUAUCUUCUUGUCGCACAUUAUCACGAAACUAACAUGUUUGGACCUACUCCCGAAAAUCCUGAGGAACCUGUGCGAGGUAUAGGAACUGACGUUGGUAUUGUUAGUUGUAUGGUAUUCUUGGCGCAAUUUCUUCUGUCCUUGUCGAUGGGAUCCGUGAUUGAAUCGUAUGGCACUACUGUGGUAGUGGUAAUUGCGGCCUCGAUUCUCAGUUUUUGUGGAGCUGUUACGGCCAAUUUUGUCACUUACCUCGAAUUGUAAAGCCUCGUCUUGCUGUUCAAUCGUUGAAGCAUCCAGGGUUUCCAGGGUUUAUUUUGAAUCGUCGUUGUCCACCAGACAACCUUUUUUCCAGGUCUAUGUAUGCCGUACCCAAGCUUUUCGUAAAUGUUAUUUUCUACUCUGUCUAAUAUAGUGUUAAGGCUCGAAAUUGUGAUCAAUGAUAAAUUGAAAAUAAA